AUGAGACACAACUCCAUCCUUGCGUAUAGACUACGGCUGGAUGAUGUCCAGAGAUGGCUUCGAAACAGAUUCGACGAUCAGACAAUUGUUGUUGAGAAAUCGGGAGAGGAGUUUGUGUUUUAUCUACCUCGAACAUUGACUUCUGCGGAAAAGAACGAGAUUCUCGAUCUACAGACUUGA